CUAUUGAACUCACUCAAUUGUCGAUCAAUUGAGAUGCACGCGAUGAGCGAAGAGUCAAGCCAUAUUUCAGAUGUUCAAUUGUUAUUCUGGAUACUCAUGGGAAAGGUAAGUAUCUAUGCUUCAUAAGUCAUUCCAUGUAGCCACCAGACCUAAACAUUACAUUAAGAAUAAAGAAAUAAAAACUUGACCAAACACAAUGGUCGCCCAGAGAAUCCCCCCAGCGAUGAAAAGUAUAGCGAGUUGUGAAGAAUCGAAACGAUCAAGGUCCGGCCAGAGCUCAGCCCUUCAUCAUCACCAUCCCCUCUCUUCCUCCACCCGUGCCAUCUGUACAAUAAGGUCCCCAAUAUGUACGAACUUUCCAGCUCUUUUCGAGGUAUGUGAUGAUGAUGGUGGCGGUACCGUGUGUGCUGCGCGUGUGUGCAAAGAUGAAGUGAACCAAUUCCCUCGCUUCCCCCAAUCUUCAGCCCGCCUCAAUCGUGUGUCCUUUUUCCCCCAAAAGAGCGAGAUGCUAUGUAGAUAUGAUAUGCGAUAUCGACUUUUUUCUCCGGUUUCCCUCCAAUCAUGGUCCCAUAUUCUCACGCUUUCCCAUUUGUCUGACUUGGACGAGUCUAAUGUUCCCAUAUUUUUCAGCCUCAAGCAAGGUUAAAACGCCACAUGAAUGAUUCAACAGUAAGAAAAGUGUGUGAAGAGAAGAAGAAAGCACAAGUAGUCAGCUGAGAGAUGCCCGAUUAGGUC